GUAAAAUGGAUGCCAGUUUUUUUGUUGCAAGAACAGUGUGGAAUAAGGGUGACUAUACAGCAAGGUGUAUUCGAAAAUGAUUUGCUUGAAAAUAAAGUUUUCUUAAAUAGAUGUCAGGAAUGGUUACAGAAGCAAUCUCUGGAGUCCCGUUCUCCUAAGGCUCUAAAGAUGCAUAUUGAAGAAUAUGAUGAGAGAAAAAAAGGGGUGUAUUAUGAUGGGCAUGAGCGGCCAGAUGUAGUGGCAUAUAGGAAAGAAUGGUUAGAAAGAAUGUUUAGGUACAAGAUGUAUAUAAAAGAUUUUGUUGGUGAUAUGUUGGAGAUAGUAAUAGAGCCCGAACUCGAAUCUGAUGAAAGAGAAUUGGUACAAGUGACGCAUAAUGAAUGUUACUUUUAUACAAAUGACGGACAGCUUAAAAUUUGGACCAGAAAAGAUGAGGAUAUUUUACGUCCAAAACACAUGGGGCAUUUCAUAAUAGUUUUGACUUUUAUGUGCCAAUGUCAUGGGUUAUUGCAGCUGUCCGAAGAGCAAUUUUAG